CCUGCCGGGGGCGUGCCCCAGCCGGCUCGGGUGCGGCCGCCCCGGAAGUGACGUGAUGCCCCGCUGGCCGUGCGGAAGUGGAGAUGGCGGGGCUGUACGUGAAACCGGGCAACAAGGAGCGGGGCUGGAACGAUCCGCCGCAAUUCUCAUACGGGCUGCAGACCCAGGCUGGCGGACCCAAGCGCACGCCGCUCACCAAGAGGGUCGCCGCUCCCCAGGAUGGAUCCCCCAGAGUCCCCACCUUAGAGACAUCUCCUGGGGCCCCCCCAAUGGGGCCUCCACCUCUGUCAAGUAAGGCUUCCAGACCCCCAUUUGUGGGGAGUUGUCCUCCCUCCAGCAUGGAGCCCACAAAUUUCCCAGUCGUUGAGUCUGAGAUUCUGCUGGAAGAUGUAUUGAGACCUUUGGAACGGGCAUUGGAGGAUUGCCGUGGCCACACAAAGAAGCAGGUAUGUGAUGACAUCAGCCGACGCCUGGCUCUGCUGCAGGAACAGUGGGCUGGAGGGAAGCUGUCAAUGCCUGUAAAGAAGAGGAUGGCUCUGCUGGUGCAAGAGCUUUCAAGCCACCAGUGGGAUGCAGCAGAUGACAUCCACCGCUCACUCAUGGUUGACCAUGUGACUGAGGUCAGUCAGUGGAUGGUGGGAGUUAAAAGAUUAAUUGCGGAAAAGAGGAGUCUGUCUUCAGAGGAGGAGGCCAAUGAAGAGAAAUCUGUAGCCACAGCUGAGCAGAACCAGACCGUGCCAGGCAUCCAACACGAUCCUUAAUCUAUGGGUUCCCCAGACUGAUCUCACACCAUCUCUUAUGCCUUGGCAUGGGAGGCCUUCCCUAACUUGGCUCCCUUUUACCACUUGGGAGACUGUCUGCCCCACUGGGGUGUUUGGCCUGACCCAUCUCUGGGGGAAGAGGUCCCUCCUGGACCACAGGGAGGCCGCUUGUUACCCAUACCAUAUGCAUUUCAAUAAAAACAUCUCAAUGUGGUGGGACCUGGGUAGGAGAGAUGAGCCCUUCCUAUGCCAAACUGGUUUCCUCUGGUGUCCUUAACUGCCCUGCUCGCUGUGCACCGUGCACACCUCUGUUCUUCCUCUAUUCAUCAUGAAUGGCCUUGCUAGGCGUGAGUAGACUACUGCCUGCCACUCUCCCCCAAAUUAGAAACAUACAUCCCUUGCUGGGCUGAGUAACCCUAUGUUUGGAUGAUUUUGUUUCAGUAUGGGAACAGAGGCUCAAAUAGCAUGGGGAGAUUUUUUUCCCUCAAAAAAAGGAGACUGACCUAUUUGCAUUGCAUCACCCUUGAGGUAUGCAAGUGCUACAGAGAUUAGAACCUAGCUGUAUAAAUUGAAGGUGAAAAAGACCAGAUUGCUGACAUAUGGGAUCAUGAUUUUUUUUUUCAGGGGACGGGGAGAGUAGGAUUAUGACUCUUUAUCUGACUCACCAAAUAAACUUCUGCCUCUG